GUGUGCACCUAACCUGAGAGUAACAGCUGCUGUGGCAACACGCAUUUAAAAAGGCUUCAAUUAUAUCUGUAACUUGCUCACAUAUUAUAUGUGUACCUCCACUUUGAGUCCAUGAACGAUCUCUCAAAGGACAGGUAGUUAUGCUUCGCUGGAUCUGUUUCGCUUUGAUCCUCGGUGUCUGUGUCAGUGCCGCAAAACAGAAACAAAAGAAAGUGACUCCUGUGUCCUUCUCAAGAGGAUGGGGAGUUAAUAUUAGUUGGAUCAAAAAUUAUGAAGAGGGCCUGUUGAAUAUAGCCACAAGUCAGAAGCCUCUGAUGGUCAUCCAUCAUAAAGUCGACUGCCCGCACAGCAGAGCGCUGAAGAAAUUGUUUGCUGCUGAUAAGGCCAUCCAGAAAAUGGCCAAAGAGGAUUUCAUCAUGCUCAACAUGAUAGAAGACACAACAGACAAGAAUAUGGCGCCUGAUGGCUACUAUGUUCCCCGAAUCCUUUUUGUUGAUCCAUCUAUGACUGUGCGCACAGACAUUGUAGGAAAGCACAAACUCGCCUACUCCUACGGGCCUGAAGACAUGGAAACUCUGUCCUCCAUCUUGUGGAUCAAGGUGCUGAAGCCCAGCUCCUACCAUGAUGCCAAGCAGGCUGCCACAGAGUACCACUCUGCCAAGCAAGCGCUCAUCAAGGCCUUCCACAAGUCCGGCCUGGGGGCCUGGGUCAAAAAGCCCAAUGAGCAAGACCAGUUCAGCCUCAGCUCCUGA